CUUCAUCCGUUUUCUAUCUCUAGAGUCUAGAUAGAGUCUCUAGUCUUGGGUUUUGUAUAGAGAUGUCUACAUUCUGCAGAUCUGGGUACCAUCAAUUUUAACUUUUCCCCGCGUCAAAAUGGGCUUCGAAUAUGCCUUAGUCCAUCUCAAAUAUAAUAUCCCGCCAGCCAUCGUCUUAACAUUCAUUUAUCGACCUUUCAUUCAGCGGAUAGAUAUCUACAAGAUUCUAUUCCUCAUAGCUAUUGCUGUCGUUUCAACCAUUCCUUGGGAUUCAUAUCUCAUAAAGCGGAAAAUAUGGACUUAUCCCCCUAAUUCUUCUUUAUUUGCUCUUGAGCAAGCCAAUCUUUCAUUCGACCUAUCUUGGGGCUGGGAACGUCCGGGUGAAAAGAAACGGAAACCUUGGGAUCCGCUGGCUCUGCCGGUUUCUUUGAAAUCUGCGCGAAAUUCGGGCCAACUAAUCAUUGGAUCUCUGAUUUUAACAGGAGGCUUCCUCAUCGUUCAAAAUGCCAGAGGGACGUAUUUAGGAUUGAUUCUGGCUUGGGCAGGGCCAUUUGCCCUACUACUGUGGAGUCUAUCCCACGCAUUCUUGAUCAGACUUCCCUACACAACUACUCUAUUGCCAAUUACUCUAUCCACUUUAUAUUUAUGGAUAGUUGAUACGUUGGCAUUGAAAAGAGGCACGUGGAGCAUCGAAACAGGCACAAAAUUAGGUUUGCACUUAUGGGAUGGACUCGACAUAGAAGAAGCUGUGUUUUUUCUUGCAACCAACGUACUUAUUGUGUUUGGUCUUGUCGCUUUCGACCAUGCAUUGGCUAUAUUGUUUACGUUUCCUACCUUGUUUCCGACUGUUCCCGAAUGUCCUUCCCCCCAAAUGCUGGUGUGUGCACUUUUAACAGACACAUGCAAGUACGAUAACCUUCGAAUUGCAGGUAUCCAAGAGGCUGCGGAGCUAUUGAGACAGAAGAGCAGAAGUUUUUAUCUGGCAAGCUCCGUCUUUCACGGCCGUCUUCGAAUUGACUUGAUCCUGUUAUACUCUUUUUGCAGAGUUGCUGAUGAUCUUGUUGAUGAUGCAAACAACACUGAUUCUGAGGCUCGGGAAUGGAUCGUCAAACUCACUCACUACCUUGACCUAGUGUAUGCAUCAAAAGAAACGGCCAAUGUGGCUGCUUCAUGCCGUUCUGACAUUGAUAAAUACAUUCAAGAUAGCUUUCCACCAUCUUUAUAUCGGACACUUCGCCUUCUACCAACUCAUAUUCUAUCUUCCAAGCCUUUGUACGAGUUACUGGAAGGGUUCAAGACGGAUUUAGAAUUUCAUCAAGCAAAUUGUUACAGAAAGAGUGGUGAAUUUCCUAUCAGAGAUGAGCAUAAUCUUACGAUAUAUAGCAGAAGAGUUGCUGGGACAGUAGCUGAGAUGUGCUUGGAACUAGCUUUCUAUCACACUUCGGCUGUUGUCUUAUCGCACCAACGUGACGAGCUGAUUCAAGCUGGAGCUCGCAUGGGAAUAGCUCUACAGUAUAUCAACAUAUGUAGAGACGUAGCAACGGAUGCCGCAAUCGGAAGAGUCUACCUUCCAACUUCUUGGCUCGAGGAAGAAGGCUUACAACCUCAGCAUGUUGUGGAAACCCCUACCGGGCCAAUUAUUGACAAACUGAGAGGAAGAUUGUUGAAAAAGGGGUUUGCCAUCUAUCAGGAGGCUCGCCCUGCUAUCGAACAAAUCCCAGAAGAUGCUAGAAUGUCAAUGAGAGUUGCUGUUGAAAGCUAUGUUGAGAUAGGAAGAGUCCUGAAAGAAAAUAAGUACGUGGUUACUAAAGGUCGCGCAACAGUACCGAAACUGAGGCGGAUAGCAGUUGCUUGGAAGGCAUUGAGGCAAGGUGCCGGAGUCGGUGGCAUUGCAACGGCAGCACGAUUGGCAAAGGCAGGCUUCUCUGUCACGGUACUCGAAAAGAACAAUUUUACGGGCGGUCGUUGCAGCUUAAUUCAUCAUGAUGGAUAUCGAUUCGAUCAAGGGCCUUCCCUUCUACUUCUACCAAAGAUGUUCAAAGAAACAUUCCAUGAUCUCGACACUUCACUCGAAGACGAAGGGGUAGAACUACUAAAAUGCGAGCCUAAUUACAAUUUGUGGUUUGGAGAUGGAGAGAAGUUUGAACUCAGUACGGAUGCGAGUGUAAUGAAGCGAGAGAUUGAGAAAUGGGAAGGGAAGGAUGGGUUUGAAAGAUAUUUGCAAUGGCUUGGAGAAGCUCAUCGACAUUAUGAAUUGAGCGUGCGGGAGGUUUUACACAAGAACUUUACAUCGAUAUUCAACAUGUUACGGCCUAGUUUUCUUCUCAACGUCUUUGCUCUUCACCCUUUCGAAAGUAUAUAUUCUCGAGCCUCAAAGUACUUUUGGACAGAGAGGCUAAGACGCGUUUUUACUUUCGGGAGUAUGUAUAUGGGAAUGUCUCCCUUCGAUGCCCCUGGCACAUAUUCCCUUCUACAAUAUACGGAACUUGCUGAAGGCAUCUGGUACCCGGUAGGUGGGUUUCAUGCCGUCGUUGAGGCUCUCGUCCGCAUAUGCGAGAGAUUAGGUGUCGAUAUACAACUCAAUUCGCCAGUUGACUCGGUGUUAACGUCCCACGAUGGCAAGACUACAACAGGUGUUCUUUUAUCUUCCGGCAAAAAGCUUAAUGCAGAUCUCGUCGUUAUUAAUGCUGACCUCGUCUAUGCCUACAAUAAUCUAUUCCCUACCUCCAGAUCUACGUCCUACGCCAAAUCUUUACAAAAACGAACGGGCUCUUGUAGCUCCAUUUCUUUCUACUGGGCUCUCUCUAAGCAAGUUCCACAACUUGAUACCCACAAUAUAUUUCUCGCAGACGAAUAUCGCGAAUCAUUCGACUCUAUCUUUGAUAGGCAGUCUAUUCCUGACGAGCCUUCAUUCUAUGUGAACGUGCCCUCGAGAGUUGAUCCAACUGCCGCGCCGACAGGUAAAGAUUCUAUUGUAGUUCUCGUUCCCGUUGGCCACCUACUCAAUUCGGUCACGUCCAAUCGUCCUCGAGGCGAUGGCUCUGCCACAUCUGGUACUGGUAUUCCCAAAGAACAAGACUGGGAGUCUAUCGUAAAGUCUACUCGGCGAAGGAUACUGCAAACGAUAGAAUCACGAACGAAAUGUGAGCCGAUCGAGUCAUUGAUUGUUCACGAAGAACUGAAUACGCCUACAUCAUGGGAAUCGCGAUUCAAUUUGGAUAAAGGAUCAAUCCUCGGACUUUCUCAUUCUUUCUUUAAUGUCCUCGCAUUUCGCCCCAAAACUAAACAUCCCGAGAUUAAGGGUGUAUAUUUUGUAGGUGCAUCGACGCAUCCAGGAACCGGUGUACCUAUCGUUCUGGGGGGAGCAAAGAUUACAAGUACACAAAUCUUGGACGACUUGAGGAUGGAGUGUCCAUGGAAAGAAAAAAGCAAUGUGGUUUCCGAUGAGGGGGUUAUACAGGGAAAAGGGACGAGAAGCCUGGAUAGAAUUGUUAGACAAGGAACGAUUUCAAGUAAUUUUGGGAUCUUCAUACUGGCGUCGGUAGUGCUGAUAUUUACUACGGGGUACAUUAAUGGUAAUUUGAGAGUUUCUUGGGAUGGGGAGAUGAAGAGAACAUGGGGAACUGAGAAAGCGUUAUAA